AUGUCAGAGGUUGAGGAUAUAUUCGAUAGCAGGCUAAAAUCCUGCUUGACACGAAUUUCGUUAAGAAAAUUUGACCUAAAAAAUGUAGAGGACACGUUCAAUGAAGUUGAAAACUUAUUCAAGUGCUUUGUUAAUGAAAAACCCCUUGCCGACGGAGCAAAUGCUGACAGUGAAUCAGUUUGUGAUAAUCUUCCUCUUGGUCCAUUGGCUACUAAACUGAUUGAGUCAGAUUUUUUAUCGAAGCUAGUUUCAUGGUGUACUGCCCUUGAAUGUCCGCAAGAAACCAAUCACCUUAUUAUCCGUCAUUUACUGUUGAACUUUGAUUUCCUAAUUAGCCAAGCGAAGCAGAGCCUUCUAUUUUCUAAUGUCAUAUUUCAACCCAUCCUAAAAUCGAUAGACGCAUGCCAUGAUUUGGCAGAUGUUUUUCUGGACAGUCUGAGCCGCCUUCUUUACACCCUUUCCGUCUUCUUAUGUAGAGAUCCUAUCUUAUUAGAGUUCUCUAAGCAAGUCUCGCACGAUGUUACUCGUAAUGAAUAUUUCAUAUUCUCCUCUCUCGUUCCACUUCUUCAUCUUCCUGGUUCUCCUGGAUCUAAAGCUAGGGAUGCACUUUUGCUCAUUUUACAACUUUCGGAUCGGGAUACCGAAGUUGCUAAUUACCUCACAUGCAAAUCUGAUAUUUGUCCUGUUUUGGCCACAGGAUUGAGUGGUUACUACUCGUGUCUUCCAAAGCGCUUGGUCCUUAACGGUGUGGGUGGUAGGAGUGCGCGAGAUGAAAGCGGAGGAGCCGAUGCACUUCACGUCCGCGGCAAAGGUUGGCAUCGUAUCACUCGUCCAGAAUGGUUCGAAUGUGAGGUCCUUGUUCAAUUCCUACAAACUCUCGAUUUCUGCAACCUCGCUGUUCGGAUUUCCCAUCAAUCCGUUCGCCAAUACCUGCUUUACUACAUCUACUCCGGCUUUCUAAUGUCAGUUCUUCGUUCCGCUUUGAAUCAGCAGUCAUUGGAGGAAGUGACUGCAGCUGAAGCCUACCUUGAACUCUUUCUUCGCCGAUUAACCGAGCCUUCUCUUAUUGGUCUCUUUCUCCGGUUUAUAGUUGCUUCCACGGAUGAAGAUGAAUCUGUUUUAUCUUCUCUCAUCUCCCGACUCUCCUUCAAUUCAACUCUCGGAAUGGUCACACUCUCUCUCUUUCGAACAAUCCUUAAUCUCAACUGUGAGGAUAUAAUGUUCCUUCUUGUGUUUCAAUACCUCAAUAAGCUCGAUUUUGUGGUUGACAGUGAGGUUGCACUGAGUGAAGUGAAGAAACGGGGUGCGAUUUAUCUUCCGAAUGCGGAUAAUCUCUCCUGGCUGGCCUCAUCGGAGCGUUUCUCUAAGCUGUCGUUUUGGUGUAUGGACUGCACCGACCCGUUGUUGAAAUAUCCAAAGUGA